CGCUCUGCGCUAGAGAUCAGCAGCGUCUUUGAGACCGUUCUUAGAGGUCCUGGCAAGCAAACUUUAUUCCAGAGCUUCGAAAGGUAUGGCCAGGCUGGGAGCGCCUAACGUCGUGCCACCGAGGACGCGCGUCAGCGCCGGCCGUGCUGAGGCACAGCGGUGUUCAAAUCUCUCCUGAGAACAUUUUUUCUGAGUGACUCCAGCUUCCAGACACAUUUGCCAUGAGAAGGGUUCCAAUCCUUUCCUGUAUUUGCCCUGAGUCAUGAAUGGAUAUGUGUGAUGCCUGCAAGUAAAACUGGCUUCAAUAUUUAAAGGCUGUUAAAGGAUACCUCGAAAAUAUUUUCACAUGACCACGACCAGGAGUGUCACUCGCCUGCCAGGGUAAGAAGAGUGACCUUUUUGGGUGGCUGUAACUGAAGAUUGCUUUACAGGAGCAACUGAAGAAGGUUUUUGAGUCAUGAUGCAAGAAUCUGGGACUGAGACAAAAAGUAACGGUUCAGCCAUUCAGAAUGGAGCGAGCGGUGGCAACCAUUUACUAGAGUGCAGCCUGCGGGAAGUGAGAUCAAACGGCGAGACACCUUCCGUUGAAAUUGGGGCUGCAGAUUUAGCACAUCUCCAGCAACAGCAGGCUCUCCAGGUGGCACGACAGCUUCUCCUGCAACAGCAGCAGCAGCAGCAACAGCAGCAGCAGCAGCAGCAGCAAGUUAGUGGAUUAAAGUCUCCGAAGAGGAAUGACAAACAGCCAGCCCUUCAGGUUCCAGUGUCGGUGGCUAUGAUGACACCUCAAGUGAUCACUCCCCAGCAAAUGCAGCAGAUCCUCCAGCAACAAGUGCUAACUCCCCAGCAACUCCAAGUCCUGCUCCAACAGCAGCAGGCACUCAUGCUUCAACAGCAGCAGCUUCAAGAGUUUUAUAAGAAACAACAGGAACAGUUGCAGCUUCAACUUUUACAGCAACAACAUGCUGGAAAACAGCCUAAAGAGCCCCAGCAGCAGCAAGUGGCCACGCAGCAGUUGGCCUUCCAGCAGCAGCUCCUACAGAUGCAGCAGUUGCAGCAGCAGCACCUCCUGUCUCUGCAGCGUCAGGGGCUGCUGACCAUCCAGCCCGGGCAGCCUACUCUGCCUUUGCAACCCCUUGCACAAGGCAUGAUUCCAACAGAGCUGCAGCAGCUCUGGAAGGAAGUGACAAGCUCGCACACAGCGGAGGAGGCAGCCAGCAACAACCACAGCAGCCUGGACCUGUCCACCACCUGCGUCUCCUCCUCCGCGCCCUCCAAGACCUCCUUAAUCAUCAACCCACACGCCUCAACUAAUGGACAGCUAUCAGUCCACACUCCUAAACGGGAGAGUUUACCCCACGAGGAGCACUCGCACAGCCACCCGCUGUACGGACACGGCGUAUGCAAAUGGCCGGGCUGUGAAGCAGUGUGCGAAGACUUCCAGUCCUUCCUAAAACAUCUCAACAGUGAGCAUGCGCUGGAUGAUAGAAGUACAGCCCAAUGUAGAGUACAAAUGCAGGUUGUACAGCAGUUAGAGCUACAGCUUGCAAAAGAUAAAGAGCGCCUGCAAGCCAUGAUGACACACCUGCAUGUGAAGUCAACUGAACCAAAAGCCACCCCUCAGCCCCUGAAUCUGGUAUCGAGCGUCACGCUGUCCAAGACCGCGUCCGAGGCGUCUCCGCAGAGUUUACCUCAUACUCCCACCACCCCGACUGCGCCCAUCACUCCCGUCACGCAGGGACCGUCGGUCAUCACUACCACGAGCAUGCACAACGUCGGGCCCAUCCGGAGGCGGUACUCGGACAAGUACAACGUCCCCAUCUCUUCAGCAGAUAUUGCCCAGAACCAAGAAUUUUAUAAGAACGCAGAAGUUAGACCACCAUUCACGUAUGCAUCUUUAAUUAGACAGGCCAUCCUGGAAUCUCCUGAAAAACAGCUAACACUAAACGAAAUCUACAACUGGUUCACGCGAAUGUUCGCCUACUUCCGACGCAACGCGGCGACGUGGAAGAAUGCAGUGCGUCAUAAUCUUAGUCUUCACAAGUGUUUUGUGCGAGUAGAAAACGUUAAAGGGGCAGUAUGGACAGUGGAUGAACUAGAGUUCCAAAAACGAAGGCCACAAAAGAUCAGUGGUAACCCUUCUCUUAUUAAAAACAUACAGACCAGCCACACCUACUGCACACCUCUCAAUGCUGCUUUACAGGCUUCAAUGGCUGAGAACAGUAUACCUCUAUACACUACUGCUUCCAUGGGAAAUCCCACUCUGGGCAAUUUAGCCAGCGCGAUGAGGGAAGAGCUCAAUGGUGCAAUGGAGCAUACGAACAGUAACGGGAGUGACAGCAGUCCAGGACGUUCCCCUAUGCAAGCAAUGCACCCUGUGCAUGUCAAAGAAGAACCAUUAGACCCAGAUGAAAAUGAAGGCCCACUAUCCUUAGUGACAACAGCCAACCACAGUCCAGAUUUUGAUCACGACAGAGAUUAUGAAGAUGAACCUGUAAAUGAGGACAUAGAAUGAGUAUGUCUGACAUCGUUAUCCUGAGAAUGAAGAUUGGAAGAACACGUCAAACUUAGCUGUGAAAUCUCUCCAUUAUUGUACAGUCUGGAGGAUUCUCAGUCCACUUUGACAACUAUGAAAUAUGUUAACUCUUAGUGCCAUCAAGUAUCCCAUUUGGGAGUAUUUUUGAUUUUUCUACUUUUUGUUGAAAAAAGGAAUUUGUACUCUGUGCAUUGGAUGGACUUGUUUGGUACUUGGGAUUUUCCUCUCUUACAGUCAACAUCAGUGUUGUAAAUUUGCUAAACUGAUUCACUUGCAUUUAGCAGCCAGCUGUGGACUGCAGGUCCUGCCAAUUUUGGACACUUGAGGACAUCAAACUGAGCAUGUACACCUGAACUGCAGAUCAAGUCUUUGCCCAGAUUUUAAGGAUUCCAAUGGACAACAUAUUUGCACAGUACUGCAUGUUGAUUAUCACUGCCUUUACUCCAAUUUUUUUUUUGUUUCGUUGGUUGGUUUCUUUUUUUUUUGUUUGUUUUUUUUUUUUUGCUUCCAUUUGGGAUGGGGAAGGCCUGUGUGUGCACGUGUGUGGGUAUGUGUGCGUGCGUGUGAGCGUGUAUAUCGGGGAGGGGUUCAAAGAAAAAAUUAUCCCAAACUCUUUAAUGUAUUGCUUUUAUUCCCCUGCCCCACUUCUCCUCUACCAUUUUAAGUUCUGACCUCAGGCCUCAUCUGGGCCCAGGGCCUCUCAGAGGCUUCAACGUUUUCUGUACUUUGUGAUGAAUGUUAAUAGGUGUUUUUAUUAUACGAAGCUGAAUGUCAUUGAA